ACGGGUGCUGGGCACAAGUGGAAAAACCGUGAUGACGAGACAUAGUACGAGGUACGAUCACGUGAUGCUGAUGCGUGCGAGGGAGCGACUGGCAGGAUGACCCCGGGUCGCUUCGCCAGUGGUCUGGAGACGCGGCUCAAGAGAGAGAGACAGAGAAACCAUGGCCAGGGUGUCGUUGGUUGUUAUUCUGAGGCCAGGGACCUGUUUGUGGAGAAGAGGGACCUUAUUGACUGCAAAGCAAUUCAGCCGGGAUGGAGUGUCUGUCCGGCCGAUGCUGCCCUCCUGCGACGUGGAGAGGUCACUACCUGCAUAUCCGCGGCCUUUGUCGACGAGGAGGAAGCAGAAAACUACUGCAGAUAUGAGGUCCUGGACGACUGUUUUCCACCUGUUGUCAUCCGCUCAGGCGAAUAAUGGAUUAUGUCACUUCUUCGAGAAGAAAAUGAACUAUGCUGUGGGUAUAGUGACAGAAAAAAUAGUUGUAAAUUUAUGUUAUCCUCUCCCCAAAGUGUCACAGAAGUAUAGGAAACUCGUUUUUUUCGGUAUCGGUGUGAGCUAUAUAGUUCACAACAGGAGAUGUAAGGCUCCUCCUGCCUUCCGAUAGCCUACAGGUCACCUGUGGGCAAGGUGUAGUACCUGUUUGCCCCCCGUGCAGGGUUACUGCGUGUGCUAGAAGACUGUGACAAAGAACUGUGUAGCAUCCUGUCCUGGGGAUAGGCUGUUACUGAGGGGGGAGGGAUAUGGAAGAUUUGGAAUCUUCCACGAGUGUUAAAAAAGAAAGGAAAAUCACGGGUGCUGGGCACAUGUGGAAAAACCGUGAUGACGAGACAUAGUACGAGGUACGAUCACGUGAUGCUGAUGCGUGCGAGGGAGCGACUGGCAGGAUGACCCCGGGUCGCUUCGCCAGUGGUCUGAGACGCGGCUCAAGAGAGAGAGACAGAGAAACCAUGGCCAGGGUGUCGUUGGUUGUUAUUCUGGUAAG